AUGUUAAAAAAUGUUUCAGAUAAUUAGAAUGCUCAAAGCAAAUAAAGAAUAUUAGUUGAGAAUUCAUAAUAAACAGAUAAAUAAGAUAUUAAGGAAUAGGAUGUAUAAUAAGAAGUAUAAUAAUUUUGUAUGAAGGUUGUUGAAAUUCAGGCUAACUCAAAAUCUAAAGAGAAUUCCAUGACUUAUGAUGAAUUGAAUACUAAAUGCCAAAAGUUGGAAUUAGAGUUAAAAUAUGCAAAUUAAAAUUAUGAAAAAUUAAUAAGUAAUAUUAUUCUCUUUAAUUAAUAGAUAAGAUUAAAAUAUUAUAAGAAUAAGAAACAGAUUAUUUAAAUAGAUUAGAUGAGAAUUGUACAAAAAAUUCAAAUUUAGGUAAAAAAUUUAGUAAUUAGAAUCUGAAUUAUAAAAAUAAUAAGAAUAGAUUCUGUCUUUAGAAAUGAUAAUAAAAGAAAAGCAAGAAUAAAUAAAUAAAUAUGAAAUUAAAAAUAAAUAAUUAAGAACACAACUUUAAGAAUAUAAUUAACUUUAUAAAAAGAGAAUUAAAUAAUUUUAAGUUUCAUAAGAAAUUAAUUAAAAUUCAUAACAUAAUAAUUGUAGAUUUCAAUCAAUGAAAUAAAAUAACUAAAGAGAAGAAUUAAUACUAAUUGAAAAAUUAAGUAAUUAUUUAUUCAUUAAUUAUUAGAAAUAAAAGAUGAUAUAAUUCUAUAUUUACAAAAUUAAUUAGCUGAGCUUUAAGUUUCUAAACUCUUAGAAAAUUAAGAAAAAUUAGAUUAAAUUAAAUUAAAUCCAGAUAUACCUGAAUAAAAAAUUGCAAAAAGCAGUAGUCAUAAAAAUCUAAUUACUUAAACUUCUGAAAAGUAAUUAAUUCAAUCUUCGAUUUUAACAAAUCAAGCAUUACCUCCUAAAGCUGAUUAGAGAUUAGUUUAAUCCUAAUACAACUAAUAAAAGUCCUCUUUUAAUGCUUCAAUCAAUUUCAAAACUUAAGAAGACUUUCAGGGUAAUAAUAAAUCAUUACUUAAUUUGAAUGAAUCAAUCACUCAAAGCAUUAAUGAAGAUUACCAAAGUAGCAAUCGUGAUUAUUGA